AUGACUCGCCUCGAACGCUAUGUGCUCACAAAUGCCAUGAUCAUCAUGAAUAUGUACUCAUCGGACGCCCUUCCGUUGAUCAAUCGGCACGUGGCCAGAGACCAGACGAGCUCCACUGAGCAUUGCACACUCAUUCGCAUACAAUUCAUAUCACGAUUAUCGGAGCCAUGGGAUUUCGGCAGCAUGUUGAAGGGGAAAGUUCAAAGAGGUGCUGCUGAGUCUACUGUGGAAGUGCCCCCAAAGCAACUCAAGGCCCCCCAGGCUGCGCCAACUGUGAGCGUCGUCGAAUUCGCUGCGAUCGACGGCGACCCCAUUGCGCCAAGUGUGACAAGAAAGGACUUCCAUGUCCUGGCUAUGACCGCCGACUUCGAUGGGCCGUCUUCUGAAGAUAAGGCCGCAUUUCGAGAAGAGGACUCGAAAGACAUCUUCACUGAAAGAUCCCAGCUAGACAAAAGAAAAGACUUCAUGAGUUCGGUUGUCGUUCUGAAUGCGCCAAUCGCUCAAGCAACUCGACCUUGCAAGUAUCCCGACUCCCUGACAAGCGUGUUCAUGGACUAUUAUAGACUGAACUUAGCCGGUCUGAUGGUAUGGAUGGACUCAGACGAAAACCAUUACCGAACACAGGUUGUUCCUCUAGCCGCGAAUCAACCAGCAGUCGGCUUCGCCAUCAUGGCGUUCGCGGCUCAACACGGCGCCAUGACGGUGCCUGAUGAGUCCGUUGCUGAGAAUGCUCGCGAUAGGUGCUUACGUCUAAUCCAAACCCGCGCCCAAGAUAUGACGGCACGGCUUAUUAAGGGUGAUGACUUGAACGACCAUGGCGACGUGGUUGAUGCAGAAUGGAUGCUGGCUUCGAUUCUCAUCAUGUGCAACUACGAGAAUGCCCGUCGCCGCCUCCAAAUCGCCGAUGAUCACAGACGUGCCGCAAGGACGAUUGUCAACCUUUUCAAAUGCCAGAGCUCAAUCAACAACCGAGAUCUGUUUGCGUUCUUGCGAAAUCAACUAGCUAUAGAUGAUGUACUGGCAGCUACGACAUCGUGUGACCUGCCCCUCAUACGCAACGCCGUCACACCAGCACCUGGCUCAGAGCAUCUCCUGUUUUCGAGGUAUCUGACUUUCUUGCACCGCAUCACGCUCGUUUCGGCAGAUGCUGUUGAUUCUCAUCCUUCAAUAUCGCACUUACGCAGCGGCCUCACGAUGCCUCUCAUCCAAUCCGAGUUUGAGCAGGCAAGAGGCGCCACGUUGAUGGCGGCCGGACGACUCGGACUGGCAGGAUCAAGCAUGUCUCUUGACUUCAUACGCUUAGUCGAGGUUUAUCAUAACGCGGGGCUACUUUACUCGUUAAGGUGCCUCGAUUACGCCACCGAGCACGCCUCGGAGCGCAUUGUGGCCGUUGCCAGUCUGUUCGACCAACUGACUGGACUCAAGGACCUAGCUGCCUUCGUUCAGAAUCUAGCCUGGCCGACGUUCAUUGCCGGUACCGAAUGUCAUGGAGAUCGGCAUCGACAAGAAAUCAUUGCGGGUUUGCUCAUGGAAAUUCAUGAGGGCACGCGUUUCAGUUAUUACUUGGACGCGGUGAACUUUCUCAAGGAGUUUUGGGCGGGAGAAGAUAACGACUGGCGUCCUCUCGCUCGUAUGAGAGAAGCCAUAGGGCAGCGAGUCCUUGUGGUAUGA